UUGCUAGGAGCCGGGAGCUGCGGGCAGGAGGAGGAGGAGGAGGAGGGAAGAAGGAGGAGCAAUGGAGGAGAGACGUGAGGGCCCGAAGCCACGACCGAAAAAAAGACCUGCACUGAAGUAUCAGACUGGAUUGCUAGCUCCUCUGACCCAAUGGAAGACUGACACAAGGCAUCUGGCUUGACUUAUCUGGAGUGCAGCAUUGACUAUUAUUUUCGGCAGGUUCAGCCUGUGUGCUACCCAUAGAUGAAGACCACAUGAAGCUUUGAAAGUGGUUUCACCUUUACAAGAGAACACAGAGCAAAAUCUGCUGUUGUCUGCUGUCCCGUUGGAAUCGGAAAGAAUGGAGCAGGAAAUAAUUCAAGAUACUUUGGAUAGAUUUUGCAGUAGCCACGAGCAAACGUAUGAUGAAUUUCUGGAAUCCUUUCUUUACUUGAAUGAAGGAAACCUGAAGCGACAGAAGGCAGUACCUCCAGAAAUUGGUGGUGAAGCAGAGGAUGAUGAUGACAGUCCACCCCAGAGAAAAGAGUCAGUAGAUUCUGUACUAAAUAUACAGAAGCUAAAUAUAUGCAAGCAUGUUGAAGAGUUCAUUAUUGAUGAAGGAUUGAAGGUUGGUAGCUUUCAAGAAGGGGACUUGUCACUCGCUGGAAGGAUUAAGGUAGACAAUUACAUGGAGUUUGAAGGUGAAGACUGUGAGGAGGAAGUCAUAAACCUCAGGGACACUGGACUGGAUCUGCUCCCAGGUGAGACAGAAGUGGAGAUCCCGAUAGACUACUCUCAUUCCAUAUGCAAAGACACAUCACUUGACUUCAGCACAAAACCAAAUAGUGAAGAAUUUAGUAAUGAAACAUGUGACCAGGUACAGACAGAUGAAGUCCAGCCUUUCUCUUUGGAUGAAGACUUUGAUUAUGACUGUGUCUCUCUCAAGCCAAAAUACACAGAAGCUGAACUUGAAACUAUUUGUACCUUGUCAAAUCAGCCAAGCAACAGUACUAAAUGCAACUCAAUAAACUAGGAGAUUCUGACCUGUAAACACAGCUGUAAGAAUAGUACAGGACUACAGGAGGACUUUUGUAUGAAGAGCAAAUUGGUGCUUGCAACACAAAUAUGAAAUUGAAAACACUUUAAUCCCAGUGAGAUUAUUCAGACACCUUUUAUAAUACUUUUGCAAUACAAUGGAUGUGUAUGUGUGCAUUAA